AUGGGGGAGGAGCAGCCCGCGUGGUUCACCCUGCAGCACCAGCGCAACAUCAUCGAGCUCGACUUUGCCGGCACACUCACCGCCACCGCCUACCUCACCGUCCUCCCCAACAACCCCUCCCUCCAGGCCAUCUACCUCCACGCAAGCCCCCGCCUCCAGAUCAACAACGUCACCCUCUCCUCGCCCACCACCAGCGAGCCCCUCCUCCCCACCCCGGCCUCCUUCGCCCUCUCCAACCCCUUCCAGCCCCUGCCCGUCAGAGAACCACCCAUAGAUAUCAAGUCGCAUCCAGAAAUAAAGCGCAAGACCUGGACAGCGCUGGGAGAGAGCGACGAGGGAGAGCUGGCCGUAUCGGUAUCUGGCGGAUGGGUGAGACUAGUAGAGAGUCCGAGCAGAGAGGGCCAGGAUCCGCAUGUUGCAUUCGCGCCGAUUCAAGUGCAGAUUGACUACCAGCUCGUCGUUGGGGGGGAUGUGAUCGAAGGGAUUGUCUUUAAAAGGCCAGGAGAUGGAGGGAAUGACUCGCAAAUACCACACAUGUUCCUCUCGCCCACCACCUACAACUCGGCACGAGUCUGGACGCCUUGUGUCGACAGUCUUUUCGAACGGUGUAUGUGGGAGCUAGAGUUUAUCGUUCCAAGAUACCUCGAAGGAGGAGAGCCCGCAGAUGGAGAAGAGGGGUUCCCUGUUAUGGUAGUCAGCAGUGGUGAACUCAUGGAACAGAUCACCCACCCCCAUGAUCCCAACAAGGUCAUAUUCUACUACUUUCAAUCCACCCCUACCUCGGUGCAGCACAUCUCUUUCGCCGCCGGGCCGUUCGAGAUGCACUGCAUCGACGACACGGCCCAGAAACCACUCAUAGGUUUCUGCCUUCCAGGCGAGCUUGACCUGCUUCGAAAUACAACUGCAUUCCUCCCUGCUGUAAUGGAAUAUGGGGUCAAGCGGGGCACGUCGUAUCCCUUCAGCGACUUUAAAAUCGUCUUUGUCAACGGCCCCCGAGUCGAAUGCUUGACAGCAGCUACACUCGCUAUUGCCUCUUCCGACCUUCUGCACCCCUCUACGGUGAUCGAACAAUCCAUCAAAGUCCGACAGACCCUUGCCCUACCUAUCAUUCAGCAAUGGGUCGGCAUCUUUAUCAUUCAGCGUGCCUACUCGGAUACCUGGGUAGUGAACGGUAUUGCCCAUUGGAUGCUCGCCGAGUUUAUCCAAACGCUUCUCGGAAAUAACGAGUACCGGUUCCGGUUGAAAAAGGACAUCGAGCGAUGCGUGUAUCAGGAUCAAGGUCAACAAUGGCCACUGUGUGUUCCGGGACAGGUGGAUCCGCCUGACUCGUCGACGACAGCCUUUAUCGACCUGAAAGCACCGCUAGUCCUACACAUACUGCACCGACACAUGCUUGCUGUGGGGACAGCGGGAGGACUCCCACCGGUCUUGACCAGGACAUUCGUCACAGCAUUGGGUGAUACUCUACCUGAAAACAAGCUAUCGACUGCCUUUUUCUUGCGGCUAUGCCGCAAAAUCUCCGGGCAUGACCUGCAAGCUUUCCAGGAGCAGUGGAUCUAUGGGUCUGGUUGUCCUCGACUGUCUAUCAGGACAAACUUUAUCAAGAAAAAGUUUACAGUCGAGUUUAUGGUUUCUGAAACGGCUCCCGCUUGGGAAACCAUCCACGGCUUGAGUGAAAAGCAGAAAAAGGUGGCAAUAUGGCGCCGACCGACAAAGUUCUUUGAAGGCCCAUUAACGAUUCGUAUUCACGAAGCCGAUGGUGCCCCAUUCGAACAUCUGAUCGAUAUCAAGACACCAAACAAGACGUAUCCUCUACCGUUCAACACGAAAUACAAGCGUACCCGUCGCUCUGGUCAUAUUGCUGCCCGAUUCAACCGCACUCAGGAUGCUGCUGCCGACGACUCGGCCGGGAAUGACAAUGAGGAAGAAGCAGGCCUUCAAGCUGUCGACCGCGGUGGUGUUUUCGUCCACCCGCCUUGGGAUGACGAAGAAGAACGGCGGCGGUGGAAAGUCGCAGAAUGGGGCGAGGGCGAGGCGAAUGCGAUGCUGGGUGAAGGAGGAGGGUACGAGUGGAUCAGAGUGGAUCCGGAUUGCGAAUGGCUGGCCGUAUUCGAGUUUGCAGAGAAGCCUUGGUGCUGGAUCAGUCAGCUGCAAGGGGAUAAGGACGUGAUUGCGCAGCUGGAGGCGAUCAACAACAUGCGAAUGUAUCCCUCACCGGUAAUCGCGAGUGAGCUGGCCAAAACGGUCUUGGUCAAGAACUACUUUUACCGAGUGAGGAUGGAGGCCGCAAGAGCUUUAGCAAUGUACAAUACAUCCGAGUGCGACUACGUCGGUUACUUUUACAUAAUGAAGAUUUUCCAAUCCUUCUACUGCCACCCAACCACGGGCACAGAAACAGAAGCUCCCGAAAUUCAAUGCCGGCCUCUGCCAAACAACUUUUCACACAUUCCAGACUACUUUGUAAAGAAGAGUCUGAUAGCGGCAAUGUCUGAUUUGAGAGAUCCGGCUUCACGGACGGUCUGGAGACAUGUUCGCACCACCUUGCUCGGUCUUUUGCGAUCCAAUGACAAUACAUCCAACCAAUAUUCAGAUUCCUACUAUCUGGCUUCUAUAAUCACAGCUAUAUCUAAUUCCUUUACAACCAGCUCUGUCGGUAUAGGCCUCUUGUCCGAACUGGAUCUCGAAGCAGAGCAGAUUCUGUUGAAAGAAGCGGACGACGUGCUCGAUAGGGCGAUCACGGUGGACAGGCUGGUGCCCAGUUUCCAUAAUGUGGUCACAAAGGCGGUGUUGCAGAGCCAGAUCAAGUCAAUACUGGCGGGUCAGAGGACAAAUGAUGCCAGAGAAUUGUUGAGUUAUACUCGUAGAGAAGGCAAUUUCGAACCGAUCAGGAUGGUGGCGUUUGAUGGCCUCCUUUUGUGCAAACCUCCAGGGCGAAGUGUCAACGUUGACAGGUACCUUCUCGACGUCAUUUCCUUCGACUCAUCUCUCAACAUCAGACGGCAUGUUGCGCGUUCUUUGUCUGAAGCGGUGCUUGCCUCCCUAGCUAUGGGUGAGAUUACCGGGACACUAUCGUUACCCGGGAUUGUAGACGUCACGGACGAGACGGAACAGAUGCGUGAACAGAGGGCAGAGGGACAGAACAACGCCAUUGUCAAGGCGCUCAGGAAGGAUUACGGGAGCAAGCCAGAAGUGAAGCAGCUUAUACAGGCGCAUAACGGAUUCACGUCCCCUGACCCGGAAGUGCGGUUCGCUCUACUAAAAGUUGCAGAGAUCAUUGCAUCUUCAACUGCCGAGCCUUUGCCGGGAAGCUUGAUUAGCAUCUCAACACCGACGACCAGUACACCUGUUGCACCGCUGCCUCCCAAAAUCAGAAUCAGCAUGCCCAGCGCCGAGAUCAUGCCUGAUUCGAAUGGUUAUGGUUUCCCGACCGUCGACAAUCCCGUAAUCACACCAAAAAGCAGCAAGGUUGUGCUCAACCCCACGGCUACUACUACAGCUGCGCCGAAAAGUGGAAAGAAGAAGAGGGAUGGACCAAAGUCGCAAAGCAAGGGGCUGUCUGAUAACGACCUGAAAGCAAUCACCAUUGCUCUCACGAAAUUGGUGUCUGACAAAAGGAGUUUUUUCUUCCGACAACCUGUCGAUCCUGUUCGAGACAUGGCCCCCGACUACGCGACGGUUAUCAAGCAUCCUAUGGACUUGUCGACUAUUCGUGCCAAACUAGACAACGGCAUGUAUUCUAGCAGACAAGAGUUUGUUGAGGAUGUUCGUCUGAUGAUUGACAAUUGUAUGGCAUAUAACGUGUCCCCCCAAAGUGUCGUCCGGAAAGCUGGGGAACAAUUUGAACGUUUCUUCAACAGUCUGUGGGCCAAGACGGAGAAUACUUUGUCCGCUCAGCGAGCUCCUGUUGCUCCUGCACCGAUGGCCCCUCCGCCCACUAUGGCCGAGGCACCCUUCAAACUCAAAGUCAAAUCGGCCAAGAGCGUCCACAUCGACUCUAACCCCGUCAUGCCUCCGCCUCCCCUGCCGCCUACCAAACGCGUCUCUAUAUCUGCUCCCAUUACGCCUGUUCAGGCAGGCCCGUCAACGGCGGACGAGAAGAAGGAGAAGAAGAAGCGAAAGGAGCCCGUCAAGGCUGCAAGGAACGAUCUGGACGAGCUGUUGGGCGCAGAAGUGGAUGCGAUCACCUUUAGCCGAGUGUCCCCUGAUGAUCCCGUCGCACAGCUGCUCGAUGAGCCCAAGCCCCCGAGCAAAAAGAUCAAAUUGCCCAGGUCUGCGCCAAAGAGACUUGACAGCUCGUCUGCAGACCCCAAGCCUUCGAGCGAGGGGAAGCCAAAGAAGCCAAAGAUCAAGCUUGGCGCCUCUGCAGAGGGCUCAUCGUCCCCCGCGCCCGAAUUCCGAGCGCCUCCGCCGCCGCCUCCUGAGGUGCCUAUGUCUAUACCGUCCAUGUCGGCGCCUAUGGAGCCAGUACCAGUGGGUCUUGUUGUGAGACCGCCUCCGCCUCAGCCGCCUGCCACGCUGCCGCCCACAAAGUCCAAUACCAUGCCCUUCAAGGCGAAGAGAGCCAAGAAUUUGUGGAACAUGCUGCAAAAGGACCCGUCUGCCAUUCUGUUUCUUCGACCCGUUGACCCUAUCAUGGAUGGUUGUCCUACAUAUCUUGAUGAGAUCAAGGAACCCAUGGACUUUGGAACGAUAGGCAAAAAGAUAGAGCAGAAAAAGUACAAAACGAUGGGCUCGUUCGCGCGUGAGAUUGAGCUCGUCUUUGCCAACUGUCGUCAAUUUAAUCCUCCCGGAGAGAUCACCGCGCUAGCCGACGCAGUAGAGGCAGUCUACUGGAAAGAGUGGCCUAAGGCAGUAUCGCCCAAGAUGAACGGGGACGAGAAGAAAUCGAUCACCUCGUUAAUGAACCAAGCUCUGAAGAACCCUUUGAGCGAAUGGUUCCGAUUUGCAGUCGACCCUGUCGCUCUCGGUAUUCCGCACUACUUUGACAUCAUCCCUCGCGAAGACGCUCGAGAUCUGGGCCUCAUCAAAUCUAAACUGGACAAGGGUCAGUAUCAGACGGUAAAGCAAGUGGAUGAAGACGUAGAGUUGAUGGUGGAGAAUGCGAGGGUGUUCAACGGCGAAGGGCCGGUGGUAGAUGCGGCGAACGCUUUGGGGAAAUGGUGGCAGACGCAAAGAUCGAAACUGGAGGUGUAA